UGUUCAAGAUGUGGUCAAAAUGAGACACAAACAACAAUAAAGAACGCCGCGUUGUGUUAUAAUACUUUUUAAUUCACAUGUUAAUUAAAAAAAAAGCUUUAAUGAAGUUCGCUUUAGCCUGUACGUUUCCGCUGUUGAAGGAGUAACCGCGAUAACAGUCCCCACAGCCACCCACCCACCCAACACAGCGGACGAAAGCUUUAUCCACCAGCAGAAAUGAAGUCGCUGUUUUUUUUUUUUACAACACAAACAGAGAUAGUUUGGCAUCUCUUACACUUUCUAUGGAUACAUAAUGUAAUGUAAGGAUUUAUACACGUAGACAAACACUACCCGGAAUGAUUUAAUGCGACACAAGGGGGGGAUUAAUGGCUGCAGUCAACGUACGGAUCUGCUCUCAUUGUUUACAUUUCGAAACGGUAUGUUCUCUGUGUUUUUGAGGCUGUCAUUGACACAAGAUCAAACCUAACCCCGCAGCGAUGACAAAUAUCACUAAAUGAAUGUGAAAGGACUUUCCCCGAGGCAGUAUCAAGUCGACAAGCGGCGACUUAGCCCUGUGUGCUAACUCCCAGAGCUCCAUCUUUACUGUGUCGCCCCGCUGCCUCCAGAGAUGGCAAGUUGAGUCUGCAGCUUUCGUUUGGCUUUCCUUCCUCCUGCUUGGGUCUCAAGGACAACCAGAUGACUGAGGAGGUAUAGCGCUAGGUGAGCCUGAAGGCCCCCCAGACAAAAAGCUUCAUUCUGAGGGAAAUAUCGCAGGGUGCACAAUGUUUAGUGUGCCUCAAAGCUCCAAGUCCGAGUUCCUGGACAAAGCCAGGCAGGCCAGGGAGGAAAGGAAAGGACACAAGGACAAGGAGAAAGCUGCAACCAACAUCCAAGCCCUGGUCAGGAGAUUUCUGUGUCGCUGCAGACUCCAGAAGCAAUUAAGGAAAGAGAUUGAUGACUAUUUCCAAGCUUCUGAAACUGGGACAACAAAAAGAAAUGCACUCUCCAUUUUCAAAAUUGCUCGGAAGUUACUGUUCAUAUAUAGCCAAGAGGAUAAGGUGAGGUUCGAGAAGCUCUGUCGUGCUAUUCUCGCCAGCAUGGAGGUUGAAAAUGAACCCAAAGUCUGGUAUGUUUCCUUGGCUCUCUCCAAAGACCUCACCAUUCCCUGGCUCAAACAGAUAAAAGAUGUGCUGUGGACCUGCUGCCAGCGACUGAAAAAUUUAAAGCCUGACAUACUUCAGGACAAUAAACUGGUAACGCUGUACCUCACCAUGCUGGUGACCUUCACAGACACUUCAACCUGGCGGAUAGUGAGAGGAAAGGAAGCUCUCAGACCCGCUUUGACGAGGUUUUGUGAAAAUAUCAUGGGUCAUCUCAAUCAAAAGGGAUUCUAUUCAACACUGCAGAUCUUGCUGACCAAUGGCUUGGCUCGCUCCAAACCGUCUCUCUCCAAAGGCACUCUGACAGCCAUCUUCACUUUGUCAUUAAGGCCAGUCAUUGCUGCUCACUUCUCCGAUAACCUGCUAAGAUCAUUUCUCAUUCACAUCAUGUCAGUUCCAGCCGUAGUAUCCCACCUCAAUGUCCUCACUCCAGAGUGCAUGGCAUCCAUCCAGACACACGACCUGCUGCGGAAGUUCAUUCUGUUUCUCAGUCGGGAAGAACAGUGUGUUGACAUCUGUGUGUGUCUUGAGGGGAGCCACACACUUUGCCUACUUGGCAACCUGAUUCAUUUGGGCUACCUUAAUGAGAAAGUCCUCGAGGAGGAGGCCAACCAUUUUGUGAAAGACCUGACUGACAUGCUGUGCUACUGCCAGAGAUAUGUAUCCCAAAAGAAGUCCAACCUUACCCACUGGCACCCUGUUCUUGGAUGGUUCUCCCAGACCGUAGACUAUGGUCUGAAUGAGUCAAUGCCGCUGGUAACUAAACAGCUUCAGUACCUGUGGGGUGUUUCUGUCAUUCGGACGCUCUUCAGCGAUGUCCUCUCUAAAAAGCUGGAGAGCCAGGAGCCCACUCCCCCGCCCCCGCAACCCAGCACAUCACAAAACAAUCUGCCGGUUAAAAACCUCUUCAAGCGAGCAUUUCAGAAGUCAGCGUCUGUACGGAACAUCCUGAAACCAGUCGGAGGGAAGCGAGUUGACUCAGCGGAAGUUCAGAAGGUGUGCAGCAUCUGUGUGCUCUACCAGACUGCUCUGUCCACACUAACGCAAAUACGACUCCAGAUCCUCACGGGUCUGACACAUCUCGAUGACCUUUUGCCCAAACUGUGGGCCUUCAUCUGUGAACUUGGUCCUCAGGGAGGCCUCAAACUCUUCAUGGAGUGUCUCAACAAUGACACAGAAGAGUCCAAGCAGCUCCUGGCAAUGCUCAUGCUCUUCUGUGACUGCUCACGGCACCUCAUCACAAUUCUGGAUGACAUUGAAGUUUAUGAAGAGCAAACAUCUUUCAAGAUAGAGGAACUCCUCACUAUCUCUUCAUUUCUCAACACAUUUGUGUACAAGAUGGUAUGGGAUGGCAUUUUAGAAAAUGCUAAGGGAGAGAAACUGGAGUUGUUCCACAGUGUUCAUGGCUGGUUGAUGGUGCUUUAUGAGCGGGACUGCAGGCGACGAUUUACCCCUGAUGAUCACUGGCUGCGCAAGGACCUAAAGCCGAGCUUGUUGUUCCAAGAGCUGGAGAAAGGCAAGAAAAGAGCCCAGCUGUUACUGCAGUACAUCCCACAUGUCAUUCCACAUAAAAACAGGGUGCUGCUGUUCAGGAACAUCGUCACAAAGGAAAAAGAAAGUUUAGGAUUGAUAGAGACAAGCUCUGCUUCACCACAUGUCACCCACAUUACCAUCCGUCGCUCACGGAUGUUAGAGGAUGGUUAUGACCAGCUCCGCCGAUUACCAGCGAAUUCGAUAAAAGGCGUCAUUCGUGUGAAGUUUGUCAAUGAUCUGGGAGUAGACGAGGCUGGUAUCGAUCAGGACGGCGUGUUCAAAGAGUUUUUAGAGGAGAUCAUUAAGAAGGUGUUCAAUCCUGCUCUCAAUCUGUUCAAGACUACAAGUGGAAAUGAAAGGCUGUAUCCUUCACCUACGUCAUACAUCCAUGAGAACCAUUUGCAGCUGUUUGAGUUUGUGGGGAAGAUGCUCGGGAAAGCCGUGUAUGAGGGCAUUGUCGUGGACGUCCCUUUUGCCUCCUUCUUCCUCAGUCAAGUCUUGGGUCACCACCACAGCACUUUCUACAGCUCUAUCGACGAGCUGCCCUCGCUCGACUCUGAGUUUUACAAAAAUCUCACGUCCAUCAAGCGCUAUGAUGGAGAUGUAGGAGAUCUAGGUCUGACGUUAUCCUAUGAUGAGGAUGUUAUGGGGCAGCUUGUCUGUCAUGAGUUGAUACCUGGGGGAAAAACCAUGCCAGUCACCAACGAAAACAAGAUUAGCUACAUCCACCUCAUGGCUCACUUCAGAAUGCACACACAGAUUAAGGAGCAGACGGCAGCUUUCAUUCGAGGUUUCCGCAGCAUCAUUAACCCAGAGUGGUUGCACAUGUUUUCCACGCCUGAGGUUCAGCGUCUUGUCUCGGGAGACAAUGCUGAGAUUGAUCUGGAUGACCUCAAGAAACACACAGUCUAUUAUGGAGGUUUUCACAGCAGCCAUCGUGUCAUCAUCUGGCUGUGGGACAUCCUGUCCACUGACUUCAACGCUGAAGAGAGGGCUAUGUUUCUUAAAUUUGUAACCAGCUGCUCGAGGCCGCCUCUGCUAGGUUUUGCCUACCUCAAACCGCCUUUCUCCAUCCGUUGUGUUGAAGUUUCAGAUGAUCAGGACACUGGAGACACCCUUGGCAGUGUUCUUAGAGGCUUUUUCACUAUUCGCAAGAAGGAGCCUGGUGGUCGACUUCCCACUUCAUCAACGUGCUUCAACCUGCUCAAGCUGCCCAACUACAGCAAGAAGAGCAUCUUGCGCGACAAGCUGCGCUACGCUAUCAGUAUGAACACAGGCUUUGAGCUCUCCUAACUGUGUUGCAUCAGGACAGUCUUCACAGGAGGGUUGUAUUAAGUGGCCUGAAAGCACGAGGCUCAGCUUACCUGGACUGGAGCCUGUCACAUCAAAGAGUCGUCAUCUAAACAAAAGGGGAAUCAUGAAGGACCUACAAACUUUCCUUUUGUCUCUUUUUCAAAGGGGAUGCUGUUUCUGCAGCACAAUCUAAUUUUUAGCAUCUCCCUUUGCCACUCCGAAAAUUCAAUAUGUCGUGUAUUUAACUUGAUGAAAUACGGAUGUACAGUGGCUAGAUCUGUUUCUCAGGCCUAACAGUAUCAUUCUCUGAUCUAACACUCCCAUUUCAAGCAAACUGGAAAGCAAUACAGAUGCAAUGCAAGCCAUUAGACACGUAGUUGACUCACUUGAGUGAAACCAGGCGAUUGUUAAUAUACUUACAAGCUUGGACUCCAUUAUCCAAGCAACUUUUAAGCUGAUAUUGGAUGAGUCUUAAAAUGUUUUGCUGAACAUAAUGCAUCUUUUAUAAAUGGAAGACAAAUCAAUGUCUUGUGUUCAACCUCCAUGAAGGAGGAGUGGCUCAUAGCAGUGAUCCUGUGUUUAUUACAUUACGUCCCAUUUUGAGGAAAAUCAUUUCUCCCCACUAAAAGACACUGCAGUCACCUGAUAGACGUCAACCCUCUGGUUUUUAUGUUGUCAGUACAUUUGGAAAUCUAUCAUCUGUCUAGGUUCUGGUGAAGCAGCAGAAUUCUGCUGUUGUUCGAUUUAGAAAAGAUGUCCUCGCUGUAGCAUUUGACUUUUGAGUAAACAAAAACUGGAAAUGUUCUGUCGCUAAUUUGUAUCUGCCCAGUAAAGCAGACACAUCUGUUCAUUGUCAGGUGUUUGACCUCCAGUUAAAAAAAGAGUAAAGUUAGUUAGUCUUUGUACUUAAUACUAGUAAAUCUGAAGAUUUCUCACACCUUUGAAUAAUGCUGAGUGCCUCAUAUAAUGCCAUUCCCCCUUGCUCUCACGCAUCAGACUGUAACCAAGAACCACGUAUUCUGGAAACAAGCCAUAGAAACGGGGGGCUAUGUACUUGGACUUAUUUUCUGCUCCUACUAACAAGAAAGCUACUCUAACUAUCUCUACUACCACUACAAAAACAACAACAGCAACCAGGGAGGGUUGUUCAAUGAUGCCCUCCGAUCUCUGUGGACUUUUUAAGCCAUGUGGAAAAGAAUCGGGUUUAAAAAAAACAAACCCUCUUAACAUGAUGUCAUGGACUGGUUCAUCAGCCAAAUGUGACUGCUUGAUUUGAUGUUCCCUUGGAUGGAAAUGUUGCACACCUCUCUGCUGUUGAGAAAAGGGACAUGAGGGUGAAUGUUUUACCUUAUAAGCCUAAAUAUUACUUUACACAGGGUUCAGCUACAUCAUGAAGUUAAGAAAGAGACGUUUUAGUCAUGAAUCAAGAAAGAGGACUGCAACUUUCAAAGAAAGGGUUUCAAGAAAAUAUCUAUACCAAGUUCUUUAUUAUGCAAAAAAUGUUUUCUGUCAUGAAUGAGUAUGGAUACUUUUGUUAAUAAGCAACACAAGCUAUAGAUAUACUGGUCAGUAUUGCCAUGUUUCUAACUAGUAAUAUAAUGACCACUAACUUGUGUGAAAACUACAAAAAAGUGAUUAUAAUUAAAAUGCAACCAUUUUUAAAUAUAUAUAUACUGUAUAUAUAAAUAACACUGGUUGUAUUGAAUUAACCUGCAGUCUACUAAUGAGAUUAAUCUAUUUUCAGAUCACAUGACAAAUCAGUCAGGAGGUUCUUGCUUCGGCUCUCCUCCUUUUUAAUCUAUUCAAGCAAGAAGUGGAAACACCGCGACUGGAUAUUUACACGACACACUACGCUCGAGUAUGUGUGUGUUUGUGUGCAAGAGGGAUGAAAGAUACCUCACAAGCUUGUCUGUCUCGUCUGAUGAGGUGACUCAUCUGUUUUAAAUGAUGUCAAGAGUAGGCUUUAAAUGUACCAGUGGACUGCUGAUGCUGACUUUGAAUAUCCACCCUUUUAGUACAAAAAAAUAAAUAAAAAUGAUCCUGGAAAUGUUCCCA